AUGUUUUCGGUGAGAUUAUGUCUCACCGUUAUUACAUUGUCUAUAAUUGUCCUAGUUUUGGCAGAUGAAGACUUAAAUCCUGUCAAUGCAGAUGUUGCAGAUGAAGAACCUUUAGCAGAUAGUGGCUACUCUCCUGGAUUCCCCCGUUCACACAGUGUCAAAGGUGGCUCAAGAGUAAAAGGAGGCCGUUUUCGAAAGAUACAUCAAAAAUCUACUACCUACUUGGGUCGUGAGAAGAGUGGCAAAGUAAUAGUUAACAAUGAAGCGAAAGCUGAAUGCAGUCCUCUACCUGUCCAUCUUAUGAAUGGAUUAUUGGAACAUUCCCUAUACAAUAGCGGGAAUUGGGCAUCAUGUAACCCAGGCUACAUGUUUCUAAAUGGUAAAAAACAAAUGUUUAUCACCUGCCGAGAAGGUCAAUGGAUGGCCGAUGAACUAGAAUGGAACAGCAUUUCUACUUGUAUACCCGAAUGUCUACCCGAGUGCCAAAACAAGGGUAUUUGCAUUGCACCAAAUCAAUGUCACUGUCCAGAUAAUUAUUCUGGGGCACAAUGCCAGUUUAAAGACACACCAUGUUAUAAUCGGCCUCGUCCGCCAUUCAAUUCGAUGAUGAAGUGCAUUUCAAAAUCGUGUACCAUAACAUGUAUGCCAAAUCAUGCGUUUCCAGAUGGUUCAGGUAUCACAAAUCUUGUUUGUAAAGAUGGAAAUUGGUUACCAGCCAGAACUGACUGGGUGUCCGUACCAGACUGUGAAGCCGUUUGCUCUCCACCAUGCCAAAAUGGUGGUAAUUGUCUCAGUCUUAAUCAGUGCCAAUGCUUGGAUCAAUUUCGAGGCCCACAGUGUCAAUACUCUAUUGAUGCAUGCAACAUUGGGAAACUGGGUUUCAAUGGCAACUACAAUUGUUCCGGCGAUGCACUUCAUUUUUCUUGUACCUUGAACUGUCCUGAUGGAAUAGAAUUCGAAUCUCCACCAGCAGCGGUUUAUACUUGUCUUUACAGCGAAGGGAUUUAUAAACCACAACCGAUUCCUCAAUGCAAAUAUGCUAGCAAUAUGGUUAUUAUACCACUCGGUAAUUCUCGGAAUUCCUUCUUGCAAACCAGCAAUCAAUCUGCAUGGUCAACGCAAGAUAUAUUUGGAGCAAUUUCGGGUAGCAAAAAUCGACAAGGUUCUGAGUUCAGGUGGAAUGCAGCCAACAAAUUAGGCACCUACAAUAACGUUGAGUUGAAUCAACCCAGCAGAAAUGAUGAGUAUCACAUCAUGGAAUCAAAAAACACUGGUCGAGACUUAAACGGUGUGUUUGGAGAGAAUGCCAAUGCAAUUGUCAUUGUCGAGCAAAAACGCCCUGAACCUGGAGUCUGUUUUACGUGGGGAGGAGUGCAUUAUAAAACUUUUGAUGGGAAAAUAUUCAGCUUUGAAAGUGAAUGUGCCCAUACAUUGGUCCGUGAUGCACAAAACAAUUUGUUUGCCAUUACAACAAGAAAUAGCCCUGGAUGUAGAAAUGGUGAUGCAUGCUUCAGAAUUGUCAAGAUUUUUAUUCAUGGAAAGGAGUAUACUCUUUCGCAAAACGAAGAGGGAGUAGCAGAAUUCAGGACCAUCAAAAAGACCAUGGCUAUACCAGCUCAACUGUCAGGUUUGCGUGUGGAAAUGUCUGCACAGUUUAUGAUUGUAACAUUGGAUUCGAUUGGUACUACUAUAAAAUGGGAUGGCGCACUACUGGUUGAGGUGAAAGUAACCGAGAGUCUUUGGAAUAAUACUGCGGGUUUGUGCGGUAACAUUGAUGGAGAUACUGAUGAUGAUUUGACAGCUAAAGAUGGAAGUCAUCCUAAAAGUAUUGCCACUUUAGCAAGCAGUUGGCAAUCCCAAAACCUUGGCGAAACUUGCGAUGAAUAUCCCAAUAUACAACAUUCUUGUCUUAACAAAAACGAGAUAAACAAUGAAGCUUUGGCAUUCUGUUCAAAACUGCUGUCUGAUCACAGGUUUGAAGCUUGUGCUGGGGUAAUUGAUUUAAGUAUCUUACAAUCCACUUGUAGAUGGGAUUACUGUGCUUGCAAAUAUGAAGACAAGAAACAGUGUGCCUGUGACACAAUGAAUGUUUACAUCAGACAAUGUGCUCACAAAAAUCUUAUUACAAGGUUGGGAUGGAGGGACAACAAUACUUGUCCUAUGAAAUGUACGGGAGGUCGGAUUUAUAUGUCUUGUGGUCCAACGACACAGGCAUCUUGUGGUGUUGCCACUGAAGUGAAGAAUGAAAAAGGCGUUGUUUGCGAAGAGGGUUGUUUCUGUCCAGAAGGGGCUGUCUUACACCGUGGACAGUGCAUUUCAGCUGAAGAAUGUCCUUGUAAAUUACGUGGCAAAGUGUUUCAACCAGGUGGUACUGUAAAGAAAGGGUGUAACACUUGUACCUGUUCAUCUGGAAAAUGGAUUUGCACCCAGGCAAAAUGCAGUGUACGAUGCGCAGCCAUUGGGGAUCCUCAUUAUAUAACUUUUGACGGCAAACACUACGACUUUAUGGGGAAGUGUACCUAUUAUUUACUGAAAGGUGAUAGCUACAGUAUCGAAGGAGAAAACGUUGCUUGUCCUGGUGCUGUGUCUGAGAAUAUGGGUUACACGUCAGCAUUGUCAUCUGAGGCGCCAUCGUGCACUAAAACUGUAAUAAUUCGAGUGAACGAUAUUACAAUAAAACUAAAACAAAAUCGUAAAUUGUCAAUUAAUGGAGAGGAAGUGACAAAGUUACCUGCCACAUCGGGAGGAAUAAAACUUCGAGUAGCCAGUAGUAUUUUUCUGAUUGCUGAGCUGCCGAAUGGAAUAGAUGUAUGGUGGGAUGGAAUAUCUCGUGUAUACGUUAACGCACCACCUGAAUUCCAUGGCAAGACGAAAGGGCUGUGUGGAACAUUCACAUUGAACCAGAAAGACGAUUUUGUCACACCUGAUGGUGAUAUUGAACAGUCUGUAGUUCCUUUUGCUAAUAAAUGGAAAACAACUGAGUUGUGUCCAGAUGCUAUUAAGGAGCCGGAUCAUCCUUGUGAUGCAAACCCUCAAAAAAAAAUUCAAGCUGAAAAGUACUGCACCAAAUUAAAGUCACAGUUAUUUUCUGACUGUCAUUGGCACAUUGAUCCAGAACCAUACUACAAAGACUGUUUGUAUGAUAUGUGUGCAUGUGAAACCGAUAUUAGUUUGUGCCUUUGUCCAAUAUUAGCAGCAUAUGCUAAAGAAUGUGCACAUGAGGGUGUAAGAUUAUCAUGGCGGCAGGAUAUUGAUCAAUGUAAAAUUCAUUGCCAUGCGGGACAAAUUUACCAAGUUUGUGGCAACAGUUGCACAAGGUCCUGCAGUGACAUAUCAUUCAAUCCAUAUUGUAAACAAGAUUGUGUUGAGGGUUGCAACUGCCCUGAAGGUCAAACACUCGAUGAGAAGAAUGAAUGCGUGCCUAUAGGCCAAUGUCCAUGUCAACAUGCAGGCUUAGAGUUUAAAGCUGGUUAUCGCGAAGUUCGACCUGGAACAAGGAGCCAGGAGCUGUGCACAUGUGCAGGAGGUAUUUGGAACUGCAAUCCAGCUAGUCCAGAUGAAAUACGUGAUUACCCUGCUGCGGCAGAUUUAAAAUCAAUAUGUAGCGCAGCUGCAAACCAAGAACUCUCAACUUGCAUGCCAAUUGAGCCAAAAACUUGUCGAAAUAUGCGUCAUCCUAUUUCGCAAAGCCAAUCGAUUUGCAAACCAGGUUGUGUUUGCAAGAAAAAUCACGUUCUGGAUGUGCCAAGUGGUAAAUGUGUCAAAGAAACAGAGUGCCCAUGUUAUCAUGGCGGGAAUAGUUACAAAGAAGGCUCCUCUAUGCAAGAAGAAUGCAAUACAUGUACAUGUAACAACGGAAAAUGGAAAUGUACUGAUAGAAUAUGCGACGGAGUUUGCUCAGCAUGGGGUGAUUCGCAUUACACAACAUUUGACGGGAAAGUGUACGAGUUUCAAGGAAUUUGCGAUUACGUUUUAUCUAAAGGAAGUUUGAGCCCAGAAGAGGCUUUUGAGAUUUCUACACUAAAUGUCCCAUGUGGGACAACCGGUGUGACGUGUUCCAAAUCAAUCACUUUACGAGUUGGCACUGGAGUAAAUCAGGAAACUGUCACUUUAACAAAGGGCAAAGAACUACCAAAAGAAAGUUAUAAAAGGAUUGCGAUUCGACGAGCUGGAUUAUUUGUGUUCCUCGAUGUACCUGAUUUGGGUUUGGUAUUACAGUGGGACGAAGGGACAAGAGUUUAUCUAAGAUUGAACCCAAAAUGGAGAAGCCGGACAACAGGUCUCUGUGGUGAUUACAAUAACAAUGCAGAGGAUGACUUUAAAACUCCGUCUGGUGGUGUAUCCGAGGUAUCUGCUACUCUUUUUGGAGAUUCAUGGAAGACACAAAGUCAUUGUCCAGAAUCCACGGAAAUCGCAGAUACUUGUGCAAUUAAUCCAGAUCGCAGGGUCUGGGCUGUUCAGAAAUGUAACAUUUUGAAAUCUCCAGUAUUCCGAGAUUGUCAUUCAGAAGUAGAUGUGGAACCCUACUUAGAAAGGUGUAUUUUCGACACAUGUGGCUGUGAUGUAGGUGGGGAUUGUGAAUGCUUGUGUACAGCACUGGCUGCUUAUGCCCAAGAAUGUAAUGUGAGAGGUGUACCAGUCAAGUGGCGUUCCCAAAAACUUUGUCCCAUGCAGUGCGACGAAGGUUGCAGUACCUAUUCUCCAUGUAUCUCAACUUGUCCUCGUGAAACGUGCGAUAAUAUAGUUGUUCUGGGCGAUAAUUCACAUUUGUGUUCUCUGGAUUCAUGUGUAGAAGGAUGUUUGCCCAAGCCAUGCCCAGAAGGAAAAAUAUAUCAAAAUUCUAGUUACAGCGAGUGUGUUCCAAAAGCAUCUUGCAAACCUGUAUGCAUGGUCGUCGAUGAGGUAACAUAUUAUGAAGGAGACCAAAUAGAGAGUGAUGAUUGUCACAGUUGUUACUGUAGCCGAUCCAAGAAAAUUUGUCAAGGACAACCUUGCCCAACUACUUCUGAACUUAUUCCAACUGUUCCCAUGGAAGAGAAACAUGAGUGUAUUUCUGGAUGGACUGCCUGGAUAAAUAGAGAUUUGUCUGUUAAAGGAAAGAAUGUGUCUGAUAUUGAGCCGCUGCCUUCAACUUUAGACCUACUUGGCAUAAGAGGAUCGGCAGUUUGUACAAAAGAUCAAAUGAUUGACAUUAGAUGUAGAUCCGUACAGAAUCAUAUUACACCAAAAGAAAGUGGACUUGACAAUGUAGAGUGUAGUUUGGAACGAGGCCUUUAUUGUCAAGCGCUGCCUAAUCAAAAACCGUGUAUAGAUUUUGAAAUAAGCGUCCUUUGUCAGUGUACUGAAACUACAGGAACCACAGAAACUACACCCUCUACAACAACAACACCCAAAAGUACAAAUGUCACCAAGUAUUUGCCUUGUGACCUGGCAAAGCCCUAUCAAGCACAUCCAAGAGAUUGUCGUGCAUUUUUCCAAUGUGCACCUGGAUUAAGUGGACCUGAGUUAGUUGAAAAAUGGUGUGGCCCAGGCACGCUCUAUAACCCAAUAAGUCAAGUUUGUGACUGGCCGUCAGUGGUGAUUUUACAGAAACCAGAAUGUGGUAUUGAGACCACGACAACUAUAUUACCUCCAACAAUUGGUGUCACACCUACUGCAGCCCGAUGUAAGGAUGGAGAAAUUUGGAGUGAAUGUGCUGUACAAUGUAGCCGAGCCUGUCAGUACUACCGAUACAUGUUAGUGAAAACUGGUGUAUGCGAUGAAAGUACCGAUUGUGUUCCAGGAUGUGUACCAGCCGAUAGAAUAGAAUGUCCAUCGCAUAGGCUUUACAGAGAUUUUCAUACUUGUGUUGACAUUCGUGACUGUACAUGCAAAACACACGCUGACAAAGCCAUCAAACCAGGAUUCCCUGUAAAAGAAUCUGAAUGUGAAUUGUGUCAAUGCUUAAGAAAUGUUUACACCUGCGAUUAUUCUGCAUGUACAACUACUCCAUCACCAACAACAUCAGUAACAGUAACAACUACCCAUACUGAAGUCUCCUCAAUUGUGGAACAAAUAGGGCAUUGCAAAGAAUCUGAUUAUAUUCACCUAAUAAAUGGAGAACAAGAGCCCCUAUCAGAUCAAGCAUUUGAAGCGAGCAGUUAUUCCACUCGUUUAUCUAAAGCACCAAAUGCCAGAUUGAAUAACCAACCGUCAAAAGGUUCCGCAGGAAGCUGGAUACCAGCAAAGAUGGAUAAGAAACAGUGGGUUUCCGUGGACCUAGGUCAGCCGAGAACAGUUUAUGGCGUAGUUUUGCAAGGCAGUCCAUCGUCUGAUAAUUAUGUUGAAACGUACAAUGUGUAUUAUUCUCCCGAUUCAAAUGAUGAACUGUAUGAGCCAGUUACUGCAUUGGGAUCUGAUCUACCACAGAUAUUUCAUGGACCUUGGGAUAAGAACUCCAUAAAUCGAGCAAUAUUUGAUAAGCCAUUGGAAGCUCAAAAAAUAAAAAUUGUUCCACAAACCUGGCGCAAUGGUAUUGCAGUGAGGUUUGAAAUUAUUGGAUGUGAUAAUCUAACUGAUGACGCUGCACGAAUGACUUCAAAACCAACCACGCUUAUAGGUGGACAACCUACUUCUACUGGUAGCUUAACUGCAACAACUCCUGCAAUCCCGGAUUAUACUUUUAUUGUAACCAGUGAGAUGCCAAUGCUUGGAGAAUGUGCUGUAGAUAAUUACAUUGAAUUAAUGAUCAAUUCUGAACCAGGUCGCAUUACUUUAGAUGCAAGCAGUGGAUUACACCCUAAGUUUUCUGCAGAAUACGUUUUGCUGGAUAGUGAAAUAUCUAGUAGUGGUUGGGUACCAGCAAUUACGGAUAAAGAACAAUGGUUGGGUAUAAACCUUCCGGAACCAGAACCUAUUUAUGGUGUCAUUCUGCAGGGAAGUCCAUUAGAUAAAAAAUUUGUAACAAGUUAUAAAGUUUUGUAUUCCGAAGAUGGUGUAAGGUUUUCAUAUAUUAUGGACAAAGAUGGGACAGAUCAAAUAUUCAGUGGACCUGUUGAUCAAAAUGAGCCAGUUGUACAAAUUUUUUAUCACCCGGUUGAGGCAAAGGUUAUUAGAAUCAAUCCACAAACUUGGCAUACUGGUAUUGCAGCCAAAGUAGAACUCAUUGGAUGCCAAGCUAGUGAAGAGGCUGGGGGAUCGUUAAUAGGCCGCAAAAAAACAGAAAAAACCAGUGCCAGGAAAGGAGAGCAUGCACAUGAAAUUGCAGAAGCUAAUCAACGUAGAGUGAAAGUUAUGAGACCCAUCUGUGAUGAUCCGUUGGGAUUAGAUGAGAGUGUGAUGUCUGAUCAACAAAUUACCGCAUCCUCUUCAUAUGACAGAUUAUUACCAAACCUUCGAUUAUCAUCUGAUGGCAUAUGGCGUGCAAAGUUGGAUAAUCCUCAUCAAUAUGUUGAGUUCGACUUUUACGAACCACGAAAUUUAACUGGAGUAGAAACUAAAGGCUACAAUAAUAUUUGGACCAUUACCUACAAGAUAUUAUAUAGUCACGAUGGGCGUCAGUGGAAUCCUGUAACUACUGCUGAUGGCACUGAGAAAAAAUUCUUGGCCAAUUUUGAUGAUGAAACGACACGAAUCAAUUAUUUUGAACGUCCAAUUCAGGCGAGAUAUUUGAGAAUUCAACCAACCACUUGGCACGAGCACGUUGGACUGAAGGCUGAGAUUCAUGGAUGCUAUUUGCCAUACCCUGUUACUACAAUACCCUCUAUUGAGGUAGAAGUUCCACGUCGCGGAGAUAUCGAAGUUCCUAUAUCCCAAUUAUAUUGUAAUGUUUGUGAGGGAAUCUCUGAACCAUUACAGGAAGACUGCAAGUGCGAUUUCGGUUGGUGGAACGGUGAAUCCUGUGUAAUAAAACAGGAAUGUCCUUGCGUCGUUGGACAUAUAUCGUAUGCAGUAGGAGCCAUUUAUGAUACAGAAGAUUGCCAACAGUGCACUUGUACACUUGGUGGUGUAUCAGCCUGUCAUAGAAAAGAAUGCGAACCCUGUAAGACAUCUGGCUUACAACCAGUCUUGACUGAAUUAUGUUCGUGCGUUUGUAAACCAUGUCAAGAUGGAACUAGGCUAUGUCCAACCAGCGACAUAUGUAUAAAUGAAACAUCUUGGUGUGAUGGUAUAGAGGAUUGCCCAGACGAUGAAACGAACUGUACCACUACUACAUCGAUUCUAAAAUCCCAAAAGGAACCUGUCUCUCGGAAGCAAGCAUCUAUAACAGUACACACUGCAAUAGAAGCUGAACAGGAAGAACUGGAAACUACAAGCGUUACUUGGUCUAAAAUGGCAGAACCUCUAACAUCAACUACGCCUGUAGCAAUUACUACAGAAGAAAUUCUGAAUUCCAAUUAUACAAAAGUUGCUCAAGCUCUUUGCUCGAAACCAACUUGUCCUUCUGGUUAUAAAGCAGUUUUGAAACAGAGAAGAUAUUCAGAAACGUAUAGCAUGUUAAAAACAGCUCUAAACCGUGGUAUUAAAGGAGGUACCAAAAGUGGCAUUAAAGGAGGUUUCAAAGGCGGAGUUAAAGGCAGUCUCCCUAAUGGUGGUUCAUCUAUUAAAGAAGAGUUCAGAUCACCUGACAUAGUGGCUCCAACUGAAAUCGAAUGCCCCGAGUUUUCAUGUAUAUCAGCGAAGCCUCCACCUCCACUAUGGGGUGUAAAAGGACCAGUGGUAACAUCGUGUCAUAAAGAGCAAUGUCCACCAAACUAUAGAUUGAUAUUUGAAAAAAUGAGCUUUGCUCGGCCAGAAGCCUGCCCUAGAUACCUCUGUAAACCCCCCCCUCCCAAAGAAGCUGUGUGUACGGUUACUGGCAGAACAUUCAAAACCUUUGACAACUUAGAAUACAAAUAUGAUAUCUGUAAUCAUAUUUUGGCAAGAGACUUGCAUCAAAAUAAUUGGUAUAUUACAUUGGUGAGACAGUGUAAUGAAAUCGGUAUGUUUUGUGAAAAGGUCCUUACCAUCACAUUUGACAAUCACGUGAUAUUCUUAUAUCCUGAUAUGCAUAUUGACUUUGAUGACUACACAUUUUUACCGCAUCAAGUGAACCGCUUCUCAGACAAGAACAAGUCAUUCAAAAUAACGCGAGUCGGUGAUGCCCUGCACUUUGUGUCAUAUCGCUAUGGAUUUUGGGUAAUCUGGGAUACAAAUUCGAACACUAAACUUGGAGUGACAACUAAAUUAUCAGGUCAUGUCGAUGGGCUUUGUGGAUAUUUCGACGGACAUAUUGCUAACGACAAACGACUUCCGAAUGGUCAACAAGCCAGAAAGACGGUGGAUUUUGGUAAUAGCUGGGCUGUAGACGAUACCCCCGAAUGUGAACCACAGGUUUGCCCGCAACAUGUACAAGAAAAAGCUUGGGAAAUAUGCAAUACUGUAAAACAGCGAUCAUUAUCAAUAUGCUCAAGUGUUGUCAAUUUGGACAAGUUCAUAUCUCGUUGCUUGGAAACUAUGUGUAGUUGCUUGCGUGGAAAUUUGUCAGACGCUGAUUGCCGAUGCCGUGAAUUAACUGCAUUUGUAUCAGAGUGCCAAGCUGCAGACCCAAAUAUAGACUUGUCCUCUUGGCGUGCAGUACAUGAUUGUCCAGUGUUUUGUCCAGCACCAUUUGUUCAUAAAGACUGCUUCAAGUAUAAAUGUGAAUUAACAUGUAAUAAUUUACAAGAAACUGAUCCUUGCCCUGUGAUGCCAGGUGUUUGUUUCCCUGGUUGCUACUGUCCAGACGGAACAGUCCGUAGAGGGGAUGAGUGUAUCUUACCUACUGAAUGUAGAGACUGUCUUUGUGAUGGAUUUGGUAAUUCAAAAUUCGUCACUUUUGAUAGGAAAAACUUGACCUUCAAUGGCAACUGCACCUACAUCUUAUCCAGAGACAUAGCCAAGGAUAUCAAGAGUGGAAAAGGCGAACAUACUUAUCAAAUACUAGUAACUAAUGCAGCAUGCUCCGAAGGGGUGUGUACUAAAGCAAUUACAGUUCUCUAUAAAAAUCAUUCCAUACAAUUGAAACGAGGACAACAAUUGAAUGAGGUAGUAGUCUUUGUUGAUGGGCACUUGAUGGAUAAGUUCCCAUAUAAGACCGAAUGGUUAAUUCUUGAAGGGAUACCAGGGAGAGAUGUUUCACUUCUUAUUCCUGCAAUUCAAUUAGAAGUAGCCAGUUAUCAACAUAAUUUUGCAUUCAUGGUAAGAUUACCAUCUCAUACUUUUGCUGGAGCAAUGGAAGGCCUUUGUGGAGAUUGUAAUGGAGAUCCUUCUGAUGACAUGAGAAAAAUCGAUGGGAAGCUCGUCAAUGAUGCAAAUGAUUUUGGCAAUAGUUGGCUUGCAACGAACGUACCUACUGAACUAAACAUUAGCAAUGAUAAAUGCGCUUCUGAACCUGAAAAAGAAUGUCUGAUCCCAUCACCCAGUGUAAAUCCAUGCAACAGGCUUUUAGAUCAAAAACUAUUUGGUCAAUGUCAUGAAUUAGUCGAUCCAGAACCAUAUUUUGCUACAUGUCAGCAGGGUUUGUGUGACGGCAGUAAUAUUUGUGAUGAUUUAGAAGCUUAUGCAAGAAGCUGCUUGCGAACUGGAUUAUGUCUGAAUUGGAGGACUGAAGAAGUUUGUCCUUACAAAUGCCCCUCACCUCUUACAUAUCAGCCAUGUGGCCCAAGUUGCCAAGAAACGUGCAGUGAUGUUGAAGCAGUUCAGAAAGUGAAGUGUCCCUCAGGCCCAAUUGAAGGCUGCUUCUGUCCAAAAGAUCAUAUUCUUAUGAAUGGAACGUGCAUUUCUAAAAAUAAAUGUUUGGUUUGCGAUGAAGAUGGACACAUAGAGGAUGAAAUCUGGUAUCCUGAUAAAUGUACAACAUGUCAUUGCGAGAAGAAGAUAAUCACUUGUUCAAAGACAGAGUGUCCUACUUUGGGAAAUAUUUGCUCCACGGGCCACACUCCGAUUCUAAUCCCUGAAUCUGAGAAUGAAUGUUGUCCUAAAUACCUUUGCAUUCCAGUCACUACUACACCUCCAACAUGUGUGGAUCAACAAAAACCGUCAUGCGGGUAUGGACAGACUCCAAAAUCAAUCAUAGGAUCAGACGGGUGUUUGAAAUUUGUUUGUGAAUGUAUUCCGCCAGAAGAAUGUAAAUUGUUGACAUCAGAAGAACGAGUCAUUGAACCUGGAAUGGUUGAAGUAGAGUCAAAUACAUCUGAUUGUUGUCCACGGCCAGUUCUCGUUUGUAAAACUGAAACAUGUCCGUUACCUACAAAAUGUCCAGCAUUUCAUGAUGCUAAACCUGUCCAAGAAACGGGACGGUGUUGCCCUAGCUAUGAAUGCAAACUCCAAGAGGACAUUUGUUUGUACACUCCUAAAUUUGAUGGCAAAGCUGAUACUCUCCAAAUUGUAUCACCGAAACGUCUUGGGGAAAAAUGGCAAGAUGGUCCGUGCACAACGUGUACAUGUGAAAAAGUAGCGGAUGAAAACGAAUCAAAAUGUGUUACAACUGAAUGCACAUCUAUCUACAUACAUCCAGAUGUCAACGAUUUUGUGCUCGAAGUGAUACAACCCGAUAAUCAAUGUUGUCCUAAUUUCAAACGAAUAGCAUGCAAAGAUCAGAAUAAUACAUAUUCUAUUGGUGAUGUAUGGCGGCCUAACUUGGCGGAUGCUUGUGCAACAAUGGAAUGCAUUAACAAUACGAAUGGAGUUCAAAAGCAACUUAAACUUGACAAAUGCGAUACUGAUUGUGAAAAAGGCUACGAAUAUAGAGAACCAGAAAAUAAGGGUGUAAGGUGUUGUGGACAAUGCGUUCCUAUUGCUUGUGUGGUUAAUGGAGAAAUUAAGAAUAUUGGAGAUAAGUGGCAGUCUGAUGAUCAUUGUACAAACUAUUCUUGUUUGGCAAUGGAUGGUUCGCUUCAGGUCCAAGGUGUUACAGAAACAUGUAAACAAGUUGAUGUGCAGGAAUCACAAGAAUUUGAAAUAGAUAUUCGUCCAGUUGGCGGCAAGUGUUGCUCCGAAUUUAUCAAAACAGGCUGUCGUUACAAUGGUACAGUACACAAGCCAGGAGAAAAAUGGAUAUCAUCCUAUGAUGCCUGCCUGACUGAAAUGUGUAUUUCAUCUGUGGAAGGAAUUGUUAAAAAACAAGAAAGAACAACUUGCAACAAGCAGUGUGCUCUGGGCUGGGAAUACCAAGAACCACAGUACGAUGAAUGCUGUGGAGAGUGUAAGCAAGUUUACUGCAUUAUUGAAGAAACCUUGUAUAAACCUAAUACAGUAUGGCAUUCCAGUGACAAUUGUACAAGAUUUGAGUGCAAACAGGAAAAUGAUCAGUUUGUAAUAAGCAGUUCCUCUGAGACUUGUCCUGAUGUAGCAGAUUGUGCACCAGAAUCAGUUUAUAGUGAUGGCUGCUGUAACCGUUGUAAUAUAACAUCACUCAAUGCAAAGCAAGAUUGCAUCGCUACAAAUUUUACAUUGAGUGCUGGAAUUAUGAAGGUGCCAGGUAUGCAUGGGCUCUGCCAAAAUCUCAGUCCGAUUGAAGGUCUUACCGAAUGCCGUGGCAACUGUGAUUCAUCAACGUUUUUCAAUACAAACACCUUGCUACAAGAAAGCAACUGCCAUUGCUGUUCGCCGAAGAAAUACAAAGGACUAAUCGUUGAACUAUCUUGUGAAGAUGGGAAAACUAUAACAAAGCAAAUACCUAUACCUGAAUCAUGUGCAUGUGAAUCCUGUGCAUCUGCGAAGAAGUCAGUAAAAGGACGAAAGUCUAUCAAGGGAUAGUGUU